AUGUCGGACAGCAACAUACCCGAUCUGUCAAGUGAAGAGUCUCAACACCACGCACUCGACACUGUUCACCAUCACCAAGUUGAAUCUCAAUCCCAACAUCUAGACGCCCAACUGAUAAACCUUGGGGAUCUUGGAAUUGAUAAGGCGUAUGCAGAUCAUCAAGAUGCCGUCAAUGGUAAAUCACAGCUCAAUAGCAAAGCGUCGUCAGCGACAACGCAACCUAUCAAAAGACCACCAUCGUUGAUUCGUUCGCAAACAGUGAACGGAAGUAUGCCUACUAUAACUAAGGAGCUGCACGUUAAAAGGUCAUUAAGCUCUGGGUAUAACCAGGCAGCAACAAGGUCAGUGGCUAACUCGGGUAACAAGGUACAUUUUCCAAGUACCACGUCUCCUAAUAAUACCAAAACGCCUCAUGCUAUAACCGCUCAUAGUCCGGCUGCUGUUAGCAGGUCCCCUAGUACCUCAGUAGUGAGAACAAGGUCAAGUUCAUUAACCAAAACACAACUGCAGCCUAUGUCGUCACAGUACUUAGCACAAGAAAAGACGUAUUUGCGAAAGCUAAAAAAUCAAUUUGCCGAUGAUUAUUAUACCAAAGGUAUUACAGGAGCUGAUGAUGAAAGCAAGGACUCGAUGGAUGAUGAAGAUGACGACGAGGGAUAUGACUCUGCAUCAAACAAUGGGGACAAUGCGACAUUGUUGGCGGCAAUUGACGAUGAUAAGUACCAAAUUGAUUAUAGUAUGGCCGUGUCAUUGAUGAAAAACUCCAGCCUCAAUCUUCAAAAAAUUUCAAACCUCAGGACGGAUACUACUGAUGAUCCUGCCGUGGUUGAAAGGCUAGACUGGCAGUCGAUGUUGACGUCUGUAUUGACAGGUGAUGUUGUGCGGUCAGAAAAGACAAAGAUCAUAAAUACAAAUAAUCCAGACAAUCCACUUGAGAGCUAUGUACAUUCUACAUUCAAAGAGAAUAUAUGGUUCGGAAUCAGAGCCAAAAUUUUUAAUAGAACUGAGGAUGAUCAGAGAAAGAUUGUGGCAUAUAGGCGAACAUUGGUUGAGCAGUUGAUUGAAGAUAUCAUGCAGUUUGAGGUGAACUACGAUGGCUCCACAAGGAACCCUAUCAGAGAACAAGUCGAGACCAUUUUGGACCGGUAUGAUGAGGCGUGCGGCCUUUGGAGGACUUUGGAAGAGAUGCGCAAUGACAAGCCGGCAUGUCGUAGUGAAGAGUUUCAAAAUAGAAUUGACGCCUUAACCGCUUGGCUAUCUAUAACUGAUGCUAUUAAAAGGGAGACGCAAUCCUUAAGAGUAUGGAUCGGUAAUGACGAAUUAGAUAUUACAAAAUCACCCGUCGAAGUUCCCAGCAGAAGCUCUUCCUUGUCGAAUAGCAAGAUUGUUAAGGAGAUUUUCGACGAAGAUAACAAGUCACUAGCAGAGAGAUUGAUGAAAGAAAAAGACGUGCAUACCAUAUUCAAAAAGCGUAUAUUUAAACCAUUAUCACCAUGGAUGAUAAAGUCCAAGGAUACUUAUAUUCGUUUGGGGAACAUGUUUGAGAUAAUGAAGCUUCCUGAUUAUCUUCACGAUUUGAUUCAAAUUUGUAUUAUUCCCAUGAAGUUGAUCAAAGAGAUUAUAAAUGUCAGAUUGGGUUACGCGAUGAAGUUACAAAACCCAACGUUAAUGAUGAUUGACCAAAUGUUGGAUGACUUUCAAUCCUAUAUUACAAUUGCAUUAGAGGUAAAGCUGGGUGUCCAACAGUAUAAAGAACCAGACCCACAUAAAAUUUGGCUUUUAAGUGAUUUAUUCGAUGGUGAAGUCACCGAUUUCGAUGCAGUUAUUCUCAGAUGCAUCCGUUAUUUCUUAGUGUUGUUUAACAAGAAAUUGUUGGAUAGCUCAAGAUCACAAAACAGUUUUAGAACUUUUAAGGAGCCGGAAGAGUUGGAAGAAGUAUGGCUUUUCUUACAAUCGUUAGGAAACUACAUUGAUGGAGGCGGUGUUGUUGUCUCUGAAGAGAUUGCGUUGUUGACCCUGCGAUUGAAUCAUCGCCUAUUAGCAUAUUUUAACCAUUCCAUAAGGUCGCCUCCUCAUACGGAAUCCUCACAGGAUUUAAUCCGAUGGUAUAGCUCGACUUUGAGUAACUUCGGGCAAAUACGUCGUAAGUUGGCGAGAUUUACUGGGGAUAUUUCCAGAUCAUUCACAAACUCAUUGGUAUUUGAACUACCUGAUCAACCUCAUCAAAAUAAUACAAAAAUAUUGCUCGAUGUGUUGCGGGCAACAGAUCACUUCUUGGUGUAUACCAACACUAUAGAGUCGCAGGGAACAUACUUUUUCGCGAGCUCGGAUCUAGCGGGCAAUGAGCUGGAGAUAAUGAAAAUAAUCAAUGGGUCAUAUGUUGGCUUGGAUCCUAGUACAAAGAAGUCCAAUUUUACGGAGCUACUGAAUUUACUUCAAAGUUCGUGGAACAUAACAAACGAGAAAGUUGAAGAUCCCCUGAAACUUGGGUAUGUUUUGGCUCUUUGUCCGAUGAAACCAAUAGUUUGGGAAGGUACCGUAUUCAAUGUCAGUGUUGAGUCUGUCCCCACAACAGAACUUAAAAAUGGUCAGUUGGCACUCAUUUCUAAAAUUCCCUACUUUGAAUUACAUUUGGUUCGAGACAGGUUUUUGGAUCUUGUUAGUGACGUUUUGGUUGUGGGUGGUGGUAUAAAACCGAUUGAACAGCGAUGCUCCCUUGCAAAAGUUCAUUAUGAGUUGACGAAAACAAACAAGGCAUUUUUCCGUAUGAGUUUAUCGGUUUUGGACUCAGUAAAGACUGUCCUGAACAAGUUUAGACAAUUGAAUACCACCGGUGAUUAUCAAACUGUUGUCAACAACUACUUUGUUUUCGCUCGUGAUUAUGGAAAAAACGCAGCUAGAAAUUUGGACUUGUCUCGAAAGUCUGCAGUCAUUAUGAAAUUGAUACAAUUGGCAAUUGACUGGGUUAGUUUCAUUUGUGAUGAUUGUGUCCCCACUGAUAGGAAAACGUUUAGGUGGUGUGUUUUGGCAUUGGAAUUUGCGAUGGAUAUGACCCGCGGGUUCAACAUAUUGUUUUUAAAUGACGAACAAUUCAGUAAAUUGAAGGUUAAAGUUGCGAGAUGUAUGUCCUUGCUCAUUUCACAUUUCGAUAUUAUGGGAGCAAGAUCCAGUGAAGCUGAGAAAAACAAGCUUUUGAAGUGGACUUCGCAGAGACAGAAUAUUGCCAAUUCGCAAAAUGAUGAUUACGCGUACGAAAUGUACCAUGAAGAAGUGAUGCAACAAAUUGCCGAGAUUGAACAGUAUAGAUCUGAACUUCUGAAUGAAUACCAGUCGGUGGGUAAGGUGAUCGACAAGAGUGACCUGGAGUAUCAGUUUGUCACAUUGUUGGCAUCUUCAUUCUCCAGUGUUUCUAUUAGAUGGCAAAAAGGAAAAUACAUCGGGGGAGGUACUUUUGGUCAAGUUUUUGCGGCAGUUAAUUUGGAUACCGGGGGUGUAAUGGCGGUGAAGGAGAUUAGAUUUCACGAUAGUCAGUCCAUUAAGAGCAUCGUUCCGCAAAUCAAAGAAGAAAUGACGGUAUUGGAAAUGUUGAAUCAUCCAAAUGUGGUGCAGUAUUUUGGAGUGGAAGUGCAUCGUGAUAAAGUUUACAUUUUCAUGGAAUUUUGCGAAGGUGGUUCACUUGCUGGUCUUUUAACCCAUGGUCGUAUUGAGGACGAAAUGGUUAUUCAAGUUUAUACCUUGCAAAUGUUGGAAGGUGUAGCAUACUUGCACCAGUCGGGAGUUGUCCAUAGAGAUAUCAAGCCAGAAAACAUUUUACUCGAUCACAACGGAGUUAUCAAGUUUGUUGAUUUUGGUGCCGCUAAAGUUAUCGCAAACAGUGGCAGAACAAGAGUCUCUACAAAAUCAAUUCGUCCAGUUACAGGUACUGACAAUCAGAGUUUAAAUUCCAUGACUGGUACCCCGAUGUACAUGUCGCCUGAAGUGAUUACAGGCUCCUCCACCGAUCGUAGUGGCGUUGUUGAUAUCUGGUCACUAGGAUGCUGUGUGUUGGAAAUGGCAACCGGGCGUAGACCAUGGGCAAAUCUAGACAAUGAAUGGGCUAUAAUGUAUCAUAUUGCCGCUGGUCACAAACCACCAUUACCAUCACCAGAUCAAUUGAGUGAAGAAGGAAGACGGUUUAUAUCACGAUGCCUUGUCCAUGACCCUGCGAAAAGACCCAGCGCUGCUGAGUUGUUGAAUGAUCCAUGGAUGGUUUCAAUUAGACAGAUUGCAUUUGGUGGCAGUGGGUCAGAAUAUAGCACACCUUCGUCUGAGAAUGGAAACUCUGGCGCAAGUCAGUGA